GCCCCCUGGCGGCGGAGCGACACGUCACAGAUGACCGACCGUUGGCGCUGCUGAUCACGCUGACCCGUGGAUGACCUCACCAACAGAAAACGGACAGAAAACCAACUUAAAAACACAACAGCGUCGUCUGUCAUCACGCUGUUCAGCUUUGCUGGUCAAAAUGUUGCUUCUCUGACCUGCGGGCGGAUUAAAAGAGAGCUUUGAGGCUCUGAAUGUGGAUGGAGAGAUGUGGCGCUACCAAAAGCCGGGGUUUGAAGGCCUCCUCCUCGCUGAGCUGCAGAGACAGCAGCAGUGCAGCCAGUUCUGUGACACUCUGCUCAGGACAGAUGGUGUUUCAGUGCCAGCACACAGUUGUAUUCUCUCAGCCAUCAGCCCCCACAUCUCCUCCGCUCUCUCCUCCACGCCGCCGCCCCCGGCAGGCCAGAGCCGUCUCCUGGAGUUUCGGGCUCUCAGUGGCUGCACGCUGCUCCACAUGGUCAGACUGUUGUACUGUGGAGAGAUGGCAGGCGAGGGGGAGGAGGAGAAACAAGAGGCCAUUUCUGCUGCAGCCAAGCUGGGCAUCCACGGGCUGGUGGAGGUCACAAGAAGAGAGUGUAAACGCAGACAUGGGGAAGGAGAAGGCCGGCUGGCAGAGGUAGGAGUGCAGACGGAGCCUGAGGAGAAUGAUGGGUGGCGGGGCAGGUGGAGGAGAGAGGUGAGUGGUACAAGCACUUUUCUGUGGAAAGAAACAGUGUCAGAAGGCGGAAGAGACACAUGGACACAGACUGAGGAGCUGCAGGAGAGCACAGUGCCUCCUUCUCAGCCAGAAGCCUCCUAUCAGACUAUUGACAUCGCCGCUCUCCAGAGUUUAGGACAGACAAACUCCACUCUUCUUCCGCCUCAAUUUCCCUACGUCCCAUUAUCCCUUGUCUACCAACUAGAUGAAAACGAAACACACCAGCUUUCCUCUGCUCCCAUGCAAGAAGCCACAGCAGCUGGACACACGUCUGCGAUUCAUGUGGUACCGCCGUACACCUCACUACCUGGCUCUCAAGAAGCAGUUGAAUACAUCACAGCGAGUAGUGAAUUGGAUGACGAGAGGUACGAGCAGUUUCAAGGCGACAUCCCUGGUUACAUCAACCACUUCCUGAACCCAGAGAAGAGGAACAAGGGCUCCCGCAGGAGGCGGGGCAGAGGAGAGGGAGGUGCCACGAGGGGUAGGACUGGUGAGAGAAGAGCUGGGAGACCACGAGGGAGGACAGUGGGGAGAGGGAGAGGGGGGUUAAUGCAGACAGUGGACGUGCAGGAGGUGGGGACGAGCAAGCUGCAGAAGUUGUUCCUGCCGAGGUGGGGGACGAGGGCGAGCAGGACGGGCCAGGGUGGAGGAGCUGCAGGUAGGAGGCUGCACCUGAAGACCAGAGAACUUCUGACGCCAGCCAAGAGCCGGAGGAGGACAGUGCGUGGGAAAGUGUGGGAGUUUGGCCCGUAUGGAGUCGCGCUGUUAACCAGUGAUGGAGGAGCAGGUAAAGCACAGCGUGGGCGGAGAAGUUCAACACAGCAGCUGAACCAGGAUGAUGUCUCUGCUGGUCGACCUCAGAGGGCUCUUUCCUCCUUUUCUUCCCCUCCCAUGAGAUUCUACAAUGUUCAUACCAUAUCUAACUCCAGCCCCUCCCUCCAGCUUUCUCCAUCAGACGGCAUGAGAUCGCCUGCAGCCUCCUUCGUGUCUCCAGCAUCGUCCCUGAUCCACACCACCCCUGUCCCUCCUCCGGCCCCUCCGCCUCAUGAGGAACGGCCCGAACACAUUGAUCGUCUACUGGAGGAAGUGAUGAUGGGCCUGGACAUUUUACCAAACAACAGCACCGCUCUACAUCCUCAGCCUCCUGUUCCAGACGGUUUCAGUAGCUACACCUCCUCCAGCCAAACUGUGGAAAAACGACAAGGCCAUGUUGUUGCUGUAGAAAGAGGAGGCGGUCGCUCCAGCUCUGCAAACAAUGAGAUGCCCGUUCUGCGGCAGCAGGGACAGGGGGAGCUGAAUGAGAUGCUGGAGCACUUCCUGUUGUCCUUUGAGAAGCACGUCGACAGCUGUGCUGGCAGGGAAGAGGUGGAGGUGGGUGAUUGCAGAGAGGCUCCAGUCAGAAGCUCUCAAAUAACCAGACAGCAGCAGAAUGAAGCGGGACAUUCACAGAGACAAAAAGCUUCAGCUCGCAGUGCUUCUUCCCCAGAACUUUCUGAGAAACUGCCAGGGAAAGUCACAGAACCAGUCAGACGUCGGAGAAAGAAAAAAACAUUUAAUCAAUAUAUGUUCCCGCUGGAGAGAAAGAGGGUAAGGGUGAGGGUGAGGAAGCCAACGUUAUUGAGUGACGCAAAGUCCAAAAUGGUUCAUGACCAAGGAGACAAGCUCCAGCAGAUGCCUGUGGUGAAACUGGAGAGGAGUGGCCCACUGCCAGUCAGAGUUAAACUGCAGGGAGACAGCUGCCUGGAAGUCAAGAGUCUUGCAGAAGCAAAGACCAGAUCAUCACCAAUGCCACAUGACAGCUUGUCUGCAAAGAAUCGGCCAGACCACCGGAGCACCAAGACGUACCCCAUCAGGAGCCGGAUUAAGACAGCACAUCUGGGCAGUGUUCCCUUCCUUCUUGAGGAGCCAAUCGCACAGACACGGCCGCCCUCAACCGUCAAUCCAGGUAGAAAACGAGGCAGGCCAAAGAAAAAUAGCCAACCUCUCAGUUUAUGUAACGGAGAGAGUUCAAGACCUCCAGUUCAGACAGAGCCUGUGGAGCCCUGUGGCACAGAGGAGCUACCGGAGACAAAUCAGGAGAGAAAUGAAGAGGAGAUCACUGUCCAGCCACAUCGAGAGGCAGCGGGACCUACAAAGAGGGGAGAAAAGAGGGGAGCAGAGUCCGAGGAGGAGACAAGUGAUGAUGCCACUGUGACCAAGAGGGUUUGCUUUGAGCAGAUACAACAGCUGACCUCUGAGACGUUAACGCCAGGCUCUGCAUCUGCAGACGAAGAGAUCGUGGACGUAACGGAUGUGGAGACUGUUUCACUGACCAGUGUAGGAGGUUGUUUGCAAAGAGAAGACUUGUCUAGUGAAAUCACUCAAAUAGAUGUUGAGGAAGAUUCGACGGAUGAAGAGAUGGAGAGCAGCGACGAUACGCUAGUCGAUGUGGAUGGAGACGAGGAAGAAGAAAUUGAAUGCCAAACAACACCAACGCUGUCACAUUACAUCAAAGUGAAUCCUUACGGUUCACCUGCUUCUCGCUCAGACAUCAGUCAAGGGUCAUCGGGAAGCUGGGAGGAGGACAUUGACGUGAUUGGAGGAUCCUGUCCAGCUCCUGAUCCUGUGAUCAUCAGCUGGACAGAGUCUUCAGCAGACGAGAGAGGGGAAGGAGACGAGGAUAUUGACGUUGUCGGAGAGAAGACAGACUUCGCCUCAGCUGUGGUCUUCGCUACGAUGAGUCAUGGUGAGCUUGUCGACAGAAGUUAUCAGACUGAGUUGCUCUUGCGUUAGUCUCAUGUCAUUUUGUUUGCUACUCAUCCUCAGUUUGUGGUUUUGUACAUUUGGUUUUAUUGUGUUCACAUCUUAAAAUCACGAGAGGGGGUUUGUUCUCCUACUCUGCCAAUGUUUAGGGAAAAAAACAGCAGUGAGCAACAUGUUCGCUGUUUGUUUGAUUUAAAAGACAGAAAAGAAAAGAUGUGCUCUAUGAUGCAUCACGAUAUUUGGGUGAGUUACUGAGUGAGAAUCAGCAACAAAACAACAGGGCUUGAGUUGAGUGUAAAUACUUAACAACAGUCAGACUGACUGAGAUUGUUCAUUGUUUCCACUUUAUUCAGCCAAACAUAUUCAAAGGUUCUUACUGCUAUGUUCAGUCAUUUUUACACAGAUAUAUUUAGUUUGUUUUAGCUGUCAAGAGUUAAAAAAAAACAAGAAACAGUUAAGAGAGACUGCAAAAAAAAAUCUGAAUUAUGCAGUAACAAAAUAAUCAAGAAUGUUUUAUUAGUUGUAAAUAUGACUAUGACUGUUUUAGUUGUAAAUAGCGUUGAUGACAUCAGCCUCUGUUCUGCCACAGUUUGUAAAUGUUCCAGGAAAACUUUUUUUUUUUACUGUCAGGUUGCGUUUCACUAUGUUCCUCGUGGCACUUUGAGUCCAGGACUCUGAUUUCUAAAAUAAAACAAUUGUUUUCUACUUC